ACUUAUUCCUCCUUCUUGUCACCUAUCCUUUGGCCACAGCGCCAGUUUUGCCACUGCUUUAAAUCCAGCUUAGCCGCCCCUGACUCGAACUACAACAAUAUAUGGCUAUAGAAUAGCACUGUUAUACUUGACCUGGCGCCAGGCGGCGGGCAGGCGAGCUGUCGGCAGCAUGGCGCUUUGAAGCACGCUGACGGUGGCGCAGGAGUGGCGCUGCGCCCGCGAUGGGCAUCAACGGGCUCUUGCAGCAGCUCAAGAGCAUUUCCAAGCCGAAGCACGUCAGCGCAUACCGCGGACAGAAGGUUGCCAUCGAUGGCUACUCGUGGCUGCACAAGGGCGCAUACAGCUGCAGCAGGGAGCUGUGUGAGGGCAUCUGGGCGGACGGCUACGUACGCUACUUCGUGGGGCGCGUCGACCUAUUGCUGGGCAAUGGCGUGGUGCCCAUCGUGGUGUUUGACGGCUGCCGCCUGCCCAUGAAGGCAGAUGAGGAGGACAACCGCAGACGCGGCCGGCGGGAGGCGCUGGAGCGGGCUCGCGCCCAUGCCGAGUCGGGCAACAUGGCCGCCGCCAACGAAUGCUACCAGCGCGCGGUCAACAUUACGCCCUGGAUGGCCAAGGUGGUCAUCGAGGCGCUGCGUGAGCGCGGCGUGCGCUGCCUGGUGGCGCCCUACGAGGCGGACGCACAGCUGAGCUACCUGGCUCUGCGGGGCGAGGUGCACGCGGUGCUGACCGAGGACAGCGACAUGCUGGCGUACGGCUGCCCGCGCGUGCUGUACAAGCUGGACCGGGCGGGGCACGGCGAGGAGGUGCUGCUGGCUGACCUGCCGCUGGUGCGGGAGCUCAACAUGGCGGGCUUCGACCACGACAUGCUGCUGCAGAUGUGCAUCCUGGCCGGCUGCGACUUCCUGCCCAACAUCUCGGGCGUGGGCAUCAAGAAGGCGCACGGGCUCAUCAAGAAGCACCGUGACUUCGUGCGGGUGGUCCGCACGCUGCGCUUCAACGGCACCACCGUGCCGCCGAACUACGAGGUCCGCUUCCAGCGCACGCUGUGGCUGUUCCGCCACCAGCGUGUGUUCUGCCCCGCCGCACGCGCCAUGGCGCACCUGCGGCCGCUGCCGCCGGGCGGGCUGGGCGGCGCGGACGUGCUGGUGGCGGCGGCGCUGCCGGCGGAGGGGCCGGAGCGGGAGGCGCUGGAGUUCCUGGGGCCGGUGAUGGAGGCGGAGGUGGCGGCGGGCAUUUCGGAAGGCGAGCUCGACCCUAGCACGCUGAAGCCGUUCGACCUGGCCACCAUCUACCGCGGCUGCCCGCACCCGCCCCGCCACCUGUGGCAGGCGCUGGGCAUACCCGCCUCCGGGCCGCAGCAGCACCACCAGCAGCACCACCAACAUCAACGCGGACACGGCGGCGCCACUCCGUCAUCAUCACAGGGCGGCGCGCCCAGCGGCAGCCAGGCGGCGGCGGGCGGCUCACAGGGGGCCGGUCAGGGGGCCAGCGGCAGCAGCAGCCAGGGGGCCGCGCAGCACAUGCACCACCACAGCCAACAGCGGCGCCAUACGUGGGGUGGCGCCAGCAACCAGCCGGGCGGCACUCACGCGUCCCAGCACCCGACCCAAAUGGGCCACAGUCACAGACGCCUCUCGGCAGCCGGCGGCCAUGGCGGCAAGCCGCCUCCUGCACCCAACGGCGGGAUACAGCGUUUCUUCAAGAGCAACCCGGCCGCCAGCCAGCCUUUCCGGCCUGUGCUGCCAGGCGGGGCGGUGGGCGGCGGCUCGCAGGCCCGCGCGUCGUCAGACGGGGAGGGCAGCGCGCCGGCGGCGGUUGUGACGCUCACCGGACAACGGGUGCAGGUGAUGCCGUGUGCCGCAGCGCGGCCGGCAGGGGCGGAGGUAGCGGCCAGUGCGCAGGCCAGCAAGCGCCCGCAGCAACACCCCGCAGCCGCUGCUGCAGGGGGCUUGGCAGGGGAUGAGGAGCCAGGGGCCGAGCUGGAGGGCGGGGGUGACGAGGGCCGCAGCGCGUCGCUGGGGGACGAGGCGGUCGCCGCGGCACUGGGCGGCUGCGGUGUGGCUGACGGCUACGAGGCGGCAGACGAGGAGCAGGUUGAUGUGAAGCGGUCGACACCGAAUGGCAAGCGGCGGCGGCGCAGCUCAGACCACAUGCGAACAGCUGUGGAAACGGCAGGUGGUGGCGACGGCGCUGGCAUGGGCGCGCCGUCACCGGGUCUGUUAGACACCAUCUCGGGGGGCAGCCUAUUUGCACGCCUCCGCUGCGGCGGCGCUGCAGGCGGCCGCGUGGGAGGCUUGGCUGCAGCAGGCAGCCGUGGCUCUCGACCGCCGGUAGGCCCCAGCACCACCGCGGCGCCGGCUGCGAAUGACACGGAGGGCGCUGCGGCUUCUACGCUCGCGGGAGCGGCGGCUGGGGCAGCUGCUGCAGCCCGGCUGCUACGGGUGCCGCCGGCAGCGGACUCGGCACACGAGGGCAGCGUGUCUGGCCUAAUGUCCAACUUCCAGUCUCAGGGCCGGUCGCAAGGGCUGUCAGGCGCGGACUCGGACGCGGCGGCGGGGUCUGGCUACGACAGCCAGUACGACAGCCAGGCCACGGCGGGCGGCGAAGCGGCAGCCAGCGCAGGCGGCGGCGGUAGCCUGCUGGGGGGUUGGGGCGCGCGCCGGCACGGCAACCGCGCUCGUGCGCCGGCUUACCUUGCCAUGGAGGCGCUGUUCUCGCAGCCCUCCGACACCGAUCAGCCGGCUUCGCAGCAGCAGCCGGCGGGCUCGGGGCCCGCUCUGUCGCUGGGGCUGCGGCCAGGGGCAGGCGCCCUGCCGGGGCUAGACAUCUGGCGGCGGCCGCCGGCAGCCGGAGCGCCGAGCAUGUCUCAGCCCUGCAUGUCGCUCCCCUCCACUUCAAAGCACUCGCACCUUACACCUUCACCGGAGGCGGCGGCUGUGGAGGAUGCCUGCGCUGCCGCCGCCGGCGCGGCUGCUGCUGGGGGAUCCUCUGCCACCGCGGCAGCACCGGACAAGUGCGCCGCGAGCACCGCUGCUCCAGCGUUCAGUAGCAUGCCGCAGCAACAGACGCAAGCACCACCCUUCAGCAUCUAUGACGGCUUGGACGAUGAUGGGGCGGAGGAUUGUGAGGCACGUUGUCAGCCGGGGCGUGGCGUCGACGCAGCUGGGAGGUGCACGGGAGCCACGGAGGAGCAGGAAGACGAGGAGGCGGGUGAGGAUGAGGUGACCAGCCCGUGGAAGGGCGCGACCGGGGUGCUGCAGGGCUCCCAGCGGCCCAUGAUGGCCGGGCUGCGGCGGCGGCGCCUGGGCGCAGGCGGUGGGCUGCUGCACGCCUCCGCGCGCCGGCGGCUGAACCAGGAGGAGCAGGAGGAGGUCGAGGCAGCAGGAGCCGCCGCUGUGGGCCGCACGGCAAGGGCGGGGGCUGUGCCGCAGGCGGCUGCCGCCGCGGGUGACUGGCUGCGCGGCGCUGCAGCUGCAGCGGAUGACGAUGAACACCUGCUCUUCGCCGGGCUGAGCGCCGCACGCCAGCAGCAUGACGGCGCCAGCAAUGGGCACAUGGAUGGCACAGGCGGCGAUGUCGGUAACCUGUUCGCGUUCGUUGGCGACGAGGAGCUAGAGCUGGGGCGCGCCGCGGGCGGCGGCGGCGGGGGUGAGGCUAUCGAUGACGGCGGUGAGUGCGGGGAUGCGGAGGCUGAGCGGCUGUUUCAGGCCUUGGACCGGAAGGAGGCCGACCGGCAGUCUCUGCUGGCGGAGCUGCAGGCGGCACAACACGACGAUGAGCAGCAGCAGCAGCAGCAGCAGCAGGAUAUUCAACAGCAGGAGCGGCAGGAUGGUCGCGAGACUGGGCCAACCAGAGUGGGCGCAGGCGGCGGCAGCGGUGGCAGUGGUGGCAACGGCAGCGGCGGCCGGGCGCGACGGCGCCUUCUUGACGGAUUUGCACAUGCACAGCAGCAGGUGUCGGCGGAGGGCGCGGCUGGGGCUACCGAGGACACCGGGGCCAAUGCCGCGCCACCGGGCAACACGACGCCGUUUGGGGCGUAUGCUGCCUCUGCUGGUGCCGCGGCAGCACCUCGGCAGGACCGGCGCUCGGGUCCCUCUCCAAACUGCAACGGCGCUGAGUGUGGCAGCGGCGCUGGUCCUGCGGCGACGGAGGAGGAGGCGCAGGCUGCUGCAGAAGAGGGCGCCGCCGCCGCUGCAGUGCAGGAAAUGGAGGACGAGGAUGAUGAGGACGACGACGUACUCAUCACGCAGGAGGUGGCGGGCAGGGGUGGCGGCGGCGGCGGGUUCCACUCGGUCCAGCACGUGGAGAAAUUCGCUCACCUUGCACGUAGGGCCGUGGACCGACUGCAGCUGGCGCUGCAGCCGCCGCCGGCCGCCGCCGCCGCAGCAGCUGCACCCUGGAGGUUGCGCGAGCACCAGCAGCAGCCGCCACAGCGGCGUGCAUCGGCAGCGGGCGCCGCCAAGGCGGCCCAGACCGGCGGUCCUACUCCCAGCCAGCUGCCGCACCAGCAGCAAUCGCAGCGGCCGGCGCCCGGCAUGCGGCCGCUCGCUGCCGCGCAGCCGGCAGGCGCCACACCUUGGCCGUUCGGCGACUUCACGUGCACGCGUGCAGCGCCCAAGCGGCGCACCUCUGCUCCAGGUUCGAAGCAGGGCGCCGCGGCCAGGGGCCAUGGCGGCUACUUCGGCAGCGUGUUUGUGUCGGACCAGGGGCAGGAGCCGCAACAGCAGGAUGACUGCGGCGAGGCCACUGCCGCCGAGGAUGCGGGCGGCGGCCAGCACCGGCAUCACCAGCAACAACAGCACAAGCACCAGGCGCAGGCGCAGGAGCCGACGCAAGGCGGGGCGGGUGAGGCGCAGGGUGACGGUGACGACGACGAUGGCGAGGUGGAGAUUGUUGGCAUGCGGCAUACGCCCGCCAUGUUCAACCGCCGUGCCCUAGCGGAGGCGCACCUGCGGCAGCCCUUUCAGGUGCCGCGCACCGUCAACACCAGCCAGCCGGGGUCCGCAGCAGGGAGCGGUGCCGGUGGCGGUGGCGGUGGGAGCGCGGUGGGCUUGACCGGCGGCCGGAUGGGUGGGCCAAGCCGAAGGCCGGGGCUUGGUGGCGGGAGGGCGUCGACAUCUGGAGCUGGCGCCGGCAAGGAACAGCGGCAGGCGGGGCAGGCAGCGGCGGUAGCUGGUGCGUUGGGUUUGCAGCGGUUCAUGUGCGGAGGCAGCGGCGGUGCGGCCGGCAGUCGUAGGUCCACUGGGUGAUGGCAUCCUCAGCCAUUAAGCCAGCCAUUUUGUACCCCAUAGCUGUUGGUUCUCGCUCAUGAACUUGUUUACACGCUAUCUUGGGCGUAACGUACUGCAGAGGUGAUGCACGUGUUGUGACGCGUGCUGCACCGCCCGUACAAUAUAUAUCAUAACCACCGGCACCAUCGUGGGGUUCGGACUGUGCCUGUAUUUAUCAAGCAUUAACUUACGUGACCUGGGACCUGCGUGCGAUGUGUGCAUGUGUAUGGUUGAAUGGCUGAUUCGUGCGAGUGAUGUGAGCUGGGUGACGUGCGAGAUCACGAAGCAGCCGGUGGGGUGAGCCUGCAAACGCUGUUACCUGUUUAGCUGGGCAAAUGGACUGGUGAGUACCAGGGUUGCGCUUGAGUUUGCGACGUUACAAGACAAACAGAGUGCAAGCACACAGAGACCAUGCUGGCCAGGCCCAGAUUGGCGCUGAAGGCCGGAAGAUGCAAUACGGUACAAGGUACGGUAUGCGUGUGUGAUGGGACAGUGGUAAGGCAGAUUGGUGAAGUCCCGUAGGGCGCAGCUGAUUCCCAAACGCCAGCAGAUGGCAAACAAUUUGCAACGGCAGAGCAGGAGUGCGCGAUACGGUAUGCAGGAUUUGCCAUGCUGUGAACGCAUGCACAGAUCAAAGUUUGUGCUCUGGCCGUCUGGGGCUUGAUGGCAGCUGAGGCACAGGCUACCAAAUGCC